AAAUCUGUUGCCCGUCAUGUACGAGUGUGAGACGUGCCCCCGUAUCUUUAAUAGAUCAUCGGCAUGUAAGCAACACAUGGACGCGAAGGAUCAUUGGGCCUAUAGAUACGAAUGCGAGACCUGCGAUAGCGAAUUCUACUCCGCAUGCGACGCAGAACGGCACAUGGAAUACUAUGGACACUACGCACCCAAGAUGCCUUGCGAGACAUGCGGAGAACUGUUCCACACACAGGUCGCGGCAGAGCAGCACAUGAAUGAUCUGCGACACUGGGCUCCUAGCUGGUCUUGCGACACUUGCGACCAGAUGUUCCAUACCGAACGUGCGGCAGAGCAGCACAUGAGACACAAGCGUCACUCCAAGACGUACUGCUAUCCCUGCGAGCGAAACUUCCAGAAUGAGAACGGCCUGCGGAUGCAUCAGAACUCGAGGAUCCACCGCAGCCAAAACAGCAUGUGCCCUUUCUGCAAGAAAGCGUAUACUACCGCUAGUGGUGUCAUCCAUCAUGUUGAGACCGGUUCCUGCGCCAACGCUUCUUCCUUGAACCGCGAGUCCGUCUACGAGUUCGUCCACAGCCGUGAUACGCAGGGUGCCUUCACCAACCGGUUGCUCGAGUGGAAUGAAAGCGAGAGUAGUCACUAUUCCGUCACGAAGCACGCCUUUAACGGCUACGAUUGGGAAUGCUAUUUGUGCCACCGCGAAUUCGGAUCCCCGAAGGCGCUCAACGCUCACCUGAACUCGCCUGUGCAUAAGCAGACUCUGUACCAUUGCCCCAACAAGCUGUCGAGAUGUGGGAAGGAGUUUGUUACGUUGGCGGGGCUGUUCAACCACCUGGAGGCCGAGUCCUGUGCCUACAUAAGAUUUGAAAAGGUGCAGCAGCAUAUCCAAAGUGUGUUUACCAGCGGCAGAUCCAUUGCAUUCUAAGCAACGGGAUGUGCUGGCGUUGGAUGCAAAAUAGGCUUCAGAAGCGGACUCUUGGGGCUAAUUCUUUCCAACAACUUUCUCACCUUGACGCUACUGCUCAUGCAGACUGUCUGCGACGGUUAUGUACUUUCACGCCAACAUCUGUCUCACUUAUUCUGUCCUGUCUAUUUGUUUCAUAGUCUUGUGCAUUGAUGAGUUUUUCCACACCCAAACCCCCGCUGGAACCGAGUUAUCGAAAUAUCUUUGGAACCAAAUAGAUUGCACUCAACCCCCAACCCCCAAAGGUACUACUACUUCUUCACCAUGCAUCAAGAAGAAACCUGCACCCCAACGCCGCUUCAUCCUAAGUAUCCCACCCAAAGCCAAAAAC